AUGGCCGCUGCAACGUCACCAUCAGAUGCUGCCGGAGGUGCCUUGUCGCACGUCUCCUCGGCGGAGCCGGAUGUCUCGCUUCGGCUCACGCAUGCGUUUGGGGUCUAUCCGAGCCUCAUCAAAGAUGCUGUCAUCUCCUUGGGAGACGACGCCUUUGCCUUCUGUGUAGGUCGGCACAUUGCCCUUUGCCACCAAAGUCGGCAGAGGUUAGGCUUCCUUGGUCGGGACACAAGGCAUAGAACCAUCACUGCCAUGACCAAGUCUGCGAAUGGCAAGCUGAUAGCCGUAGGCGAGCGUGUUGGGUCGGAUGACGGCUCCAAUCAGCAUGCUUCGCAGAUCAGUGUGCUCAGCCUGCCGAAGGUGGAGAGCAUCGGAGAAAGCAAGGACAUGAAAGACGAGUCCUUGAAAGUUCUCCACCCGACGAACAAGCGACUUGACAUCGUAGACCUCGCCUUCACGGCGGAUGGCAAGCACCUCGUGUCCCUCUCUAGCAUGCCGGACUCGACGGUUUCCUACUGGCGCUGGGAUGUUGAGAAGCUGAUGUCCUCGCAUGACAUGCAGAUUCCAGUCAACCGGGUGUUGGUGAACCCAAGCAACGUGACACAGUUCUCCGUCGGAGGGUACUCCUACUUCAGACUUUGGGACUACAAUCCCAAUGACCAUGGUCUGAACGAGAACCCAUCCCUGUUCCCGCUGAAGCAGGAGAAGCAGAUGAAGGUCGUGGACCACUGCUGGGUGCUCUCCGUCUUCCUGUGUGCUGCUUCAGAGGAUGGGCGCGUCUUCGUUUUCGAAGAUGGGGAGCUUCGCGAGGAUGUCGAUGUCCGUGCUCAUAUUGAGAAAGACGAGUCCACUGGCCCCAAAGCCGUCGAACGGGAGCAGGCAAAGGAGCUGGCAAAGAUCAUGGGCGAGGCAGGGCCUACAACCGCUUCGGAGCCGCCGCCGGUGCGGCUCACCGCGGUAACGGCCUGGCUACAGGGCUUCGUCGUCGGGGGGGACCAGGGCUACAUCGGCGUCUUCCGAGUGGACGCCAAAGCUCGCGUGGAGUCCAUCGGCACUUUCCGCAUGCCGGGCGAGAAGGCGACGAUGUGGAACAUGAGCACCAGCACCGAGGAGAGCAGCUUGGUGAUACUGUCCUAUGAGGAACAUGAGCCAGAGUCCCUCGGGAGCAGCAGCGGCAUUCGCUCGCGUGGGAAUAGCGCCUCGCGCCAGUCAACUGUGUCCCGAGCCUCCUCAGCAACGGGACGUCAGCGGAACCCGUUGGCCAAGUGGGCACUGCACACGUUCCCGAUUUCCCAGGCCGACCUCGCGGUGACUGGGCAGCUGGAAGUGUUUACCCCGGUCUUCCGCUUUGGGACUCAUCAAGGGCUCAUUACCGCAAUGAAGCCGGCUUUCAAUCGACGCAUCAUCGCCAGCACCGCAGAGGACAAGAUGCUCAAAGUGUGGAGCUUCCCCACGGAAGAGGGAGAGGCGAUGCCGAUGGCAUUUUCUCCAGAGCUGAGCAUACAGGUCUCCCCAUAUGAGUGCGCCAGUGCUAUGGCAGUGCACCCACUCGGCUUUCAGGUCGCUGUGAUCCUGGAGGACACGGUUCGGAUCUUCCACCUCACGCCACCCCAGGCUUCUCGGACGCAUUUCGAUCUGGCCUUGAAGAACCCGGGCGGCGUUGCCUACUCGCACGGUGGGAGUCUUCUUGCGGUCUCCUCGGACAACGAUGUGGCGUUGAUCGAUCCGUGGCGAGCGGUGGUGAUCCACCUGUUCAGUGGGCGAGGUGGUGGACAUGUUUCCACAGUGAAUGAGGUCCUCUUCUCGCAGGAUGACCGACUUCUGCUUUCCAGCGGCAUAGCCCCACACGGGGCCAUCUAUGGUUGGGAUCUCUGCUCAGACACCCGGGAGCGGGCCUUCGAGCAUAUCUGCAAGCACGCGACCUACACAGACCUGAGCUUCGACUGUCAGAGAAAGCUCACCGUGGCCUGUGUCCAACCCGAGGGCAACCUAAGGGUGAUUGGCCACCUCAGCUCUCCACAGCUUGAGAUCCAUGCGGACAACAAGCUCAACGUUUACACCUCCAACUGCCUCGCCUCUGCGCUGGGGCUUCUCUUCGCUGGAAUGAGACAAGGCGGUGUGCGUGUCUUUCGCUGGCCCCCGAACGAGGGUGGUGUCGCCCUCCUCACAGAACUUUCCCUGCACGCCCACAGCAUCACGAAGCUGGCGCUCUCCUUCGAUGCACGCUACCUCUUCUCCGGCUGCGAGGGUGGCUCCGUCCUGUGCUGCGAGGUUGCGCAGUACUCCGUGGACUCGGAAGGAACGCAGAAGCGAGUCACUCACACUGAGCUGGACCAGAAGAUCGUUCGGUUCCGGUAUGGCGAAAGGGAGAAAGCAGCAGCCAGCAAGGCACAGCGUGAGGAUGAAAAGAAGGCACGCGACCUUCAGCAAAAGCUCUGCGAAGCCGUGCGAGCUAUCUCAGCCACGACGGCAUCCCUCGACGACUUGCUGAUGAUACCAAAGGCCUACUUGACUGACGUCCUCAGCGAAAUCCGGGAGCUUGAAGACCGAAUGCAAGGACUCAAGCACGAGAGCGACCACAUACUGGAGCAGAAGGAGAACGAGUUGCAAGAGAAGCUGAUCAGCAUCCAAGUGGAGCGGCGGGAAGAAAAGAAAGUGUCUGACGAGAAGUACGACAAUCUCUUCAAGCAGCUCCAGCAGACCUCAGAGCGUCACACGGUGGAGAUGCAGGAUGCCAACAGCAACUUCGACAACAAGCACAAGAAGCUCCAGGACCGCUUCGAAGGCAGCAUCUCCAGGGAGUAUGAGAAAAACAGCAAGUUGCUGGACGAGCUCCAGACUCUCCGCGACGAGUUCGAGGAGGACAAAGCCAAGAUGCAAAAAGCCCACGAAGAGCAGCUCGUGGAGCUCCGCGCGGCGCAGGAGAAUGCUCUGCGAGAGUGGAGGGUGGAGUACGACAAGGUUUGCAACCUUCUGAAAUCCGAUGGCCUCAAGUUCGAGGAAGCGCUGCGCCAGCAGGAGUCAGAAUACGAAAACCAGAUCGUGGAGAUCCUCGAGAGAGAGCGCAAAGCAUUGCAGGACGAGUCCGAGAAAGCCACCACGGCCCUCAAGGAUGGAGUGAGCAUGAAGCAGACGAUUGGAAUGCUCCAGAAUCAGGUCAAGGCCAAGGAUGCCGAACUCAUUGAGGCUGCGCAGCAGCAGGAGGAGCUGCGCAAAAAGCUUCAGGCAUCGCAGGAGAUGGUGGACAAGGUUCGAGCCCAGCUCAAGGAGCGGGAGCGGAGCUUGAAGGUGAAGGACGAAAGCCUCAACAAGCUGCGGGAGCAGAUGAAGCACCUGGAGAGUUUCCGGUUCGUGCUCUUCCACAAGGUGCGCGCUCUCGAGGAGGAGCGCGAUCCGCUGGAGGAGCAGGUUAACUCUCUGAAGACCAGCGUGCGGGAGAUGUACAACGAGUUUGUCCGUGAGUUUCGGCAGAAGCAGAAGCUGGACCAAUCUCUCAGUGACAAGGUCAUGCGGUCCUCGUCUCUGCAGCAGGAGAACGUGGAGCUUAGAGCCCAGCUCAUCCAGCUGAAGAAGGAUGGCCGCAGGCUGAUCCAGGAGGUCGAGACCGUGCUUCAUCCAGAAACGACUGAGGACUACACGCAGAUGCCAAAGAGAUUGCAGGCUGUGCUGGAGCGUCAUCAGAAGUUACUUGCCUGGAAGCACACGGAGGAGAAGACCGAGGAUGUGGGCGAGGGCGAGCUCGCGAAGAGCAAGGUCCUCGUGGAGGAGAUGGUCAUCCAGCGAGAUCUGCUAUUCCGAAAGAAGGAGAUUGCCACGGCGGCCGCCGCGCAAACCAAGCGCGAGUGCGAGCAGGACGUGCGCAAGCUGACGUCGGAGAACGCGCAACUCAUCGUUGAGAUGAACACGCUGAGGUCCGAGAAUCGGUCAUAUCAGCGAAGCUGCCGCGAGAUGGAGGCCAACAUCAUGGCCCUGCGAGCUAAGACUGGAGCGAGAGGAAGCGAUCUCAACCACUCUGCCUCCGCACCCAACGUCGGGCAGGCCUCCGCAAACCGGGUGCCACCAAAUGGUCGGCCGUUGCCCAGCGGUGAGACGCCGUAUGUUAGACGAAAAGUCGUCGAUCAACAGGACUGCAGCACCAGAAGCUUGUGUUUCCUUGAUGCUUGCGGCAUUUCCGGGUCUGAUAGGUUAGUUUGGAGAAACGAAAAGCAUGAACAGUGCAGCCUGCGUUGCGAUGAACUGCGUCUUUGUCUAGUUUUGUCCACAACAGUUGGCACGUUAUCAAGAGUCAAGAGAAGUGUAGCAACUAUGUAA